CCAGAGAUGGCAACGUAUAAAUUUGACAUAUAAUCUGACACUAUGAAUGACAUAUUUUUUUGAAAAGUCAUUUGUCAAAAUAAAUACGAAAUGUCAAUUUGACCUGAUUGCGUCGAGUUGGAAAAAUUUUGUCCACUAUGUUCAGUUCAGUCAAGUCUCGAAAUAAAUAAAUGUAACAUGGCUGAUAUCGAAGGACAUAAACACCGAGAAACUAAUUUCGAAGAGGGAGAAGGCCAUGAGGUUGUCGGGAAGCUGAAUUUGCGGCUUCGCUAUGUAGAUCCGCCACCGGCAACAGAGAAACCGGCACCAGCGCCGCGGUCGGGGCACCAUGGCGUCCAGGUGGUCAACACGGGGCCCGACCACACGUUCAUACUGGAUGAGGAGGCGCUGGGCGAGCUGCUGCUGCGCGAGGACAUCCGGGACCGCGCCGUGGUCGUGCUGUCGGUGGCCGGCGCCUUCCGCAAGGGCAAGUCCUUCCUGCUGGACUUCUUCCUCAGAUAUAUGCACCACAAGUAUGGAGCGGGCGGCGGUGGUGGAGACUGGUUGGGUGGUGAUGAAGAACCACUCCAGGGGUUCAGCUGGCGAGGUGGCUCCGAGCGAGACACCACCGGCAUACUCAUGUGGUCGGAGAUAUUCCAGGCCACCCUCGACAAUGGCGAGAAGGUAGCAAUAAUACUGCUGGACACCCAGGGCGCAUUCGACAGCGAGUCGACGGUGCGCGACUGCGCGACCGUGUUUGCCCUCUCCACCAUGCUCUCCUCAGUGCAGAUAUACAACCUCUCGCAGAACAUACAGGAGGACGACCUGCAACAUCUGCAGUUGUUCACGGAGUACGGUCGGCUGGCGCUGGAGGACAGCGGCCGCACGCCGUUCCAGCGUCUGCAGUUCCUGGUGCGCGACUGGAGCUUCCCGUACGAGGCGCCCUACGGCGCCGCCGGCGGACACACCAUCCUGCAGCGAAGACUCAAGCUGUCGGACAAGCAGCACCCGGAGCUGCAGUCGCUGCGGAAGCACAUCACGUCGUGCUUCUCUGAGAUCGCGUGCUUCCUGAUGCCGCACCCGGGGCUCAGGGUCGCCACCAACCCGCAGUUCGACGGCAGGCUCGCCGACAUCGAAGUUGAGUUCAAGCGGCUGCUACAACAGUUGGUGCCGAUGCUGCUGGCGCCACAGAACUUAGUGCCGAAGCUCAUCAACGGGCAGAAGGUGAAAGCCAAGGACCUGUUGCAGUACUUCAAGUCCUACAUGAACAUAUAUAAGGGCAACGAGCUACCAGAGCCCAAGAGUAUGCUGGUGGCUACAGCGGAAGCCAACAAUCUAACAGCAGUGGCGGAAGCGAAGGAAGUGUACAUGACCCUGAUGGACGAGGUGUGCGGCGGAGCGAAGCCCUACCUGCAGGGGCAGCUGCUGGAGGCCGAGCACACGCGCGUCCGCGACAAGGCGCUUCAUGCCUUCCACGCCAAGCGGAAGAUGGGCGGCGACGAGUUCAGCCAGGCCUACUGCGAUCAGCUAAAACAGGACCUGGAAGACACGUUCCAGCAGUUCCGCGCCCACAACGAGAGCAAGAACAUCUUCAAGGCGGCGCGCACUCCGUCGGUGUUCUUCGCGAUCGCGUUGUUCUUCUACGUGUGCAGCGGCGUGUUCGGCCUGGUGGGGCUCUACCCCAUCGCCAACCUCUGCAACCUGGUGAUGGGGCUAGCCCUACUCACGCUCGUGCUCUGGGCGUACAUCAGAUACAGCGGCGAAAUGCGAGAAGUAGGCGUUACUAUAGACGACACUGCAAACAUGUUAUGGGAUAAUGUAAUGAAGCCGAUGUACCAAGCGUGUCUGGAGAAGGGAAUGGAGCGGGCUGCGGCGGCGGCCGCCGAGAGAGCCCUAGGGCCUCCCACGCCGACCACGCCCACCAUCAACGGCAAGCACAAGCAGUUGUGAUGCCGCCCCCGGCCCGGACCGGCGGCAUCCGGCCCGGCGGAAGCCAACAAAACAGUACACCGACCGGCGCUCGGUCACCCGGUAGGUUGUGGCCGAUAUUGUGGGUAGUAGCAGUGAGUUCAAAUUUUAUGACAAUGUGUGACGUGACUUUCGUGGUGUUAUAGUUUUGUACGUGUGACAGACGAGUUCGAAGGGAUCGAGGUUUGUUUCAAUCGUGGUUGUUUGUACAGUUCGUAGUAAAUUUUUAACGUAGCCGUAGUUAGUGGUAAUUAAUUUAAUGUUGUUAAUGUUGUGUUAAUUUGUUAACGAAUUAGGAGUGGAUUUGUGUUCAAAUUAUUUGUCGGUGUCAGGUUUUACACAUA